CAGCACACCAAUAGCUAUUUGCACGACAGCAGGUGUGUUAGAAAAACACGGCGUGUACCCUGCAUAAACAAAAUAAAAACAUGUACUCUCCACGAACUAUUUUCCUGUUUAUUCUAAACUCUUUUGCCAUAGGUCACGGUCUGCAUAUUUCUGCCACGCCCACCGAGAUAACGACAGCGCUGACUGCCACCCUGGAGGUGACAUGUCAGGUGUCAGCCAACACCAGCCACCCCAUGGAGUCACUCAUCUCUCUCAUCAUCACACGAACAUCCUCGGGUCGCGUCGAGGAACUCGCGACCAUCAGCUCCUUAAGCCCCGGAAAAGACGUCAUCGUCUCCGCCACCGAAAAUCUGACAGCUUUCGGAGAAAUUGACAUGCACGGGGAGUCAUACAUUCGUCUGGUGUGGGAAUUCCCUGAAGCAGAAAUAGCCGGGGUGUACACAUGCGAGGCGAACGGUUUCACUCAUACCUGGCAUCCGGUUAUCUUUAAUGCUUCAAUUCUCGUGUCAGAAGUGUACCUUGACCUUAGCAUAUUAGAUAAUCAUCUCCAGAAUCUUACAAUUGAUAUGGACCAUUUGAAACAAAAUUUGUCUAAACUUGAGAAAAAGCAGGGCAUUUGGAGUGAAAGGCUAGAAAAAAUGCAACGUUUACUUUUUAAGAUAUCUGCUGAGUAUGAAGGACAUAGUUAUUUGUUGUCGUACGGACUCAAAGAUUUGUCAGUGGAAAGCGCAGCUGCAACGUGUGGGCUAUUCGGUGGAUAUUUAGUCGAGAUCGAUUCCGCUCACGAGCAUCAAUUUUUGAUCGAUUUUUUAACUGAUGUAUCCAAAAAUGUAAAUAUUGUUGGGGUCAUGACGGGGUUAUCUGAUGAGCAGCAGGAAGAUGUUUGGGUCAACAGACACAGUCAGACGGUGGCUAACUACACCAGGUGGCUGCCAACACAUCCGGACGGUGGGCGUGGCCAAAACUGUGUUGUGUUGUUUCACCCCACCUGGUUGAUGAUUGAUGAUCCAUGCUCCCUCUCUAGGAACGACGACUUUCAGCUCAACUACCUGUGCGAGUUGCCAGAUACACGGUGACCUACACAUGCGAGUUGCCACAUUGGUAAUUUGACUUGCUUUUUUCUGCACAGUUUGGUAAUUUAAAUGUGCUAAUGUGAUCCUCGAGUAGAUCUUUUUCGUCGGCCUUUACUACACACAAAUUUAAUAACUCUGGAGUUUUUAAAUUUUUUUCUUUUUUUUUUAUCUUCUUGUGUUCGCUUUAGUAUUACAGUUUUCAUCAUCGGCUUGUGAGGACUGAUACAGAUUUACAAUAGUAAUAUUUCUUUCUUACUUGUAGCCUGCUUUCAUUCAUUUAAGAUGGUUUACUUAUACAUAGAUCUAUUACAAAACGUCUAAAUAUAAAGAAAAAAUAAAAAUUAAAAACCAACCUGAAACUGUAAAUGCAAAUGUGUAAUUAAAUGAUAAUUCAAGGGAUUUUUUUUCUCGGCGUUCUGGAUUUUUAAUUUCAUUUAUUUUUAAAUAUAUAAAUUGUUGCAAUUAUGCUAACUAGUGAAUUAUAAGAGAAUUUCUUAUAUUUAUUUUAAUUAAAAAUCUAAUGUAGUUCAUGGUUUUGAUUUUUAAUUAGAGUCAAGUUAUAAUUAGAUUUUAUAUAUUUUUAAAGAUUAAACUUAUUGCAUAUCUAACUAAUUAAAGUUUUGUUUUAUCAAUAAAUAAACAAUCCUUUAAUUGUUACUGGUUUCAGGCUGAAUUGACUGUAUUUUUAUAUCUAGGGUAGUUUUUGUUGUGUCCCCUGAAAACAUUUAAUAACAGGAUGGGAAGUAGGCCUAACUAAAAUAAUCUAAAAUUGUACACACAUUUACAUGUAUACGUGUAAUUUCAGGAUGAAUAUACAUGUUCAAUAGAUCUUCCCUUAAAUUAGCUUCUAUUUGUCGAUACUAAUUUUAGUUGAAAUAUUAAAUUACUUGUGUCUUUUGUUUAAUUACAUAUAUAUAAACAUUACAAAUAAAAACUCGGUACUUUGUUUAAGAAAUCACCUUGAGCAGUGUAAUUAAUAAAUACUGUUG